GGAGCCCUGCUGCCCCCUCAGCUCUCGCCCGCCCUGCCCCUCACCCCCACCCACAUGAACUACACCCCCUCGCCCACCCUGAGCCCCAUGUACCCCGGCGGCUCCCACUUCUCCUUCAACCCCGAGGACAUGAAGCGCUACCUGCAGGCGCACACCCAGAGCGUCUACAAUUACCACCUCAGCCCCCGGGCCUUCCUCCAUUACCCCCAUAUCCUCGUGCCCCAGCCCCAACGCCCCGAGAAGCCGCCCCCGCCCGAGGAGCCCCCCGCCCCCUUCAAAUUCAAGCUGCAACCUCCCCCGCUGGGCCGGCGGAACCGGGACAAGGCACCGGCGCCCCCCGGCGAAGGGGCCGCCCCGGAGCCCCGGCUGCCCUGCAUCAAGGUGGAGCCCAUCUCGGAGGGGGAGUCGGAGGAGGAGGAGGUGACGGUGGAGGUGACGGACGUCAGCGAGGAAGAUGAGGAGGUGUUCAAGGCUCCCCCCGCCCCGCCUGAGAAGCCUGGGGAGCCCCCGGUGGCCCCGGCCCCCCGGCAGGGCGAGGAGAGCGGCCAGUGCAUCCCCCUUAAGCUGCGCUUCAAGCGGCGCUGGAGUGAGGACCAGCGGCUGGAAGCGGGCGGGGGGGCCGGCCCCAAUGAGGCGGAUGACAAGAAGGUGAAGGGGGAGCGGGAGGGCGGGGGCGCCCCGGCCGGGGAUGGGCGGCGCGUCAGCACCGACCUGCCCCACGCCACGGCCCAGCUGUCGCUGGAGAACAAGGACUCGUAGAGCCGGCGCCCCCAGGGACGGACGGACAGGGCUGG